CCGUCCCUUAGCUGUGCUCCCAGGCUGGACACAGAAGCUGCAGGGGUUAUGAGUGCUGGGGGUGCCUACAGCCCCUGGAGGUGCCGAGAUGUCCAUGGGAGGUGUGCGGGCUGUGGCACUGGGUGAGCACAGCGGAGCCAGCGGAGCUCUGCUCCCAGGGCUGAGCCAUGCAGGUGUUGUUGCGACUUGGAGCCCUCCUCUUCCACCUCCUUCUCCCCUUCCUCCUCCUCCCAGCCCUUCUCCAAUUACUGCUGAUGGGGCACAGGGGCUGCCCACACCGUUCUUCUUGCUCUGGCAGGCACCCAGUUCUAUGGAUGUGCUGUAACGUGCACAGACCUGCACCCGCUCCCUGUUCCCAUCCCAGUGUCGUGCAGUGGUGUCCAUCUGUCCCCACUCCCAGCUGGCAGCUCUGUAGCUGUCCCCAGAACCCGUCCCCGGGCAGUGCUGGCAGUGGGCUGUGGAGAUGUCUCCAUUCUUUCCGAAGCUCUCUGACUGUCUCGCUUGCAUCCCGCUUCCCGCUGGGAAAAUGUAAUGAGACAUUUCCCAGGAUGAGAACGCUGUUUCCUGGCCAACUGCAGCGGGAGCGCGGGGAUUGGAGGUGCAGGGAGCUGCCAAUGGUUCUUCCUCUCUUUCCAAAGCUACGUUUAUUUGAAGAUACAUUUCUCAUGGUGAAAUAUUUCAGACCGUAUGAAAUAGAGCAAAAGCAUCCCGGGCACGUGAGCCCCUCUGGGAGCAGUGGGCAGCAGCAGCCAGCCUUGGGGCAGGUGGUGCUGGGGCCGUGCCCGGGCGCUGCUUCGGGGCCAUCUCAGCUUCCCGACAGCUGCCAGCCCAGGGCCAGAGCUGCGCCCGCCUGCGCCAUGGGGACGAGGAGCUCGGGGUACGUCCCGACCCAGCGAGGGUUGGUGGGGGCAUGGGCUGCUGGGCUGGGAGAAGGGGUGGGGGCAGCUGCCGUGCUCCUCCGUGUCUGUGUUGGGGCUGCAGAGUGGGGCUGAGCUCGGGUAGGUCUCGUACCCUGCAGUCUUUGGAACAAAUUGUGUCUUUUUUUGGGGGGAGAGCUCAUCGCCUGAGAACAAAUUGCUUCUAAUCUUAGGUUGAUAAAGCACAAUAAAUAGCCGAGUAAAGCAAAUGGAAUUGCUCAGGCAUUAUGGAGUGCAUAAUAGCAGGAAUUGCAUUUCCAAGCAAGGGCUUGGAACUCAACCCGUACCUCGAUGUGUAUUCGGGUGGCUGGGCUGCCACUGCCCCCAGGGCACGGCCCCAGCACUGAGGGCACAAACUGCCCAAGGGGGGUGGAGUGUGAGGACAUGAACUGCCAGGGCUUGCUGUGGGCGUGCUGAGUUGUAGUUUCAUUUAAAUGCUUGAUAAGGGUUUGUUGGAAAUGGGACGAUUGCCUCUCUCAGCUGGGAAGGGGGAAGGGUCUGUUAUGUGUUCUGAUGGCUGCUGGUGGUAAAUGAGCAUUCCUAUGCCAUGGGUCGCGGCUGACGCUGUGCACAGAGGUGCUGCUCCUGCUCCUGCCCUGUCCCUCUGCAGGGACAAGCAGCUGCUGUCUCCCAAGCCCUAUUCCAGUUGAUUUCCACGUGUUUCUUCUCCCUGUUGCCAUUCUAACUGCUGAAUGUAUGGUCUGUCUGUCUCCAGAGGAGAGCUCUGUCACCAGCAUUCCCUUUUAUCCAUCAGUGUUUGUUUCAAUAGCCCUGAGGCGGUGCCAUGCUGCCAUGCUGAUGGACGCUGCCACUGUCCCCAGCACCAGGGAGGUGUGGGGGGGCUCCUGGGUUCCCAGCCCAGGGUUGACUCUGCCUGCAGUCACCCUGGGGCCAGUGGGAUGUGCUUGCUGACUAAAACCUUUAUAUCCCAUAUAAAAUGUUAUCCCGGCUCUCAUGCCCGAGGCGGCGGUUUCCUCUCCGUGCAUUUGUCUUUGGUAAGGGAGAGGCUUUGCAAAGUGAAAACCCGGCUUUGCAACCUGACAAGCAGCUCCCGAAGGGAUCCGCACCAGCUGCCAAACACCGGCACUGCGGGGUGGGGGUGCGGGCUGAGGGGGGUCCCCUGAGCCCCCCCUGAGCUUUGUUUAUGGCUCCUCUGUGCGAGCACAGCAGCUGCUGCCCCAUCAAUCACAGCUUGGAGCGUGUCUGGAUGCAGGCAGUGCCACGUGGGCUGCAGGGGGGAAAAGCCCGUGGGGGGGGAUGUGGUGUGCGAUUCGGUCACUGUGCGCCUGGACCUGGCUGAGGAGGAGGUCUUGGUGACUGUGACAGCAGUUAGAGAAAUGGUAAUGAGAGCAGCACUGGAAGGACUUAGCAGCUACAGCAGAAUAGGGGAAAGGGCUGAAUCCUUGCACUUGACUCCGCUAUUAGCUGUAGCAGUCAGAGCAGGCUCUGUCUUGAUGAGAACAUAAAUCAAUAUGCGAUCCCCUCUGGGCUGCAGGCAGCAGCGUGGUUCUUAGCCCCGCUCCUAUGAGCAAUGGGCUCGUUCCAGCUUUGGACGUGUGUGAGAUGCAGCGGUGGGGACACAUCCUGCUCGGGGCCGGGGUGAGUGGGAUGGCGGUGUUUGGCUGCAGCUAGGAUUAUCCCUCCCCCCCUCCACGCUGGGUGGGGUGCCGGGUGGUGGCUGUCCCUUGCCCCAUCCCACUGCCACCCACCGCGGUGGCUCCGGGUGUGGGGUGAGGCUCAGGGCUGGCAGC